AUGCACACGUCGAGAUCCAGAGGAGCACAUUCUUUUGAAGGAUGUAAGACGUGCAGGAAACGUCACCUGAAAUGUGACCAGACUACACCCAGGUGUAGGCGAUGUUGCCUCUCAGGCUUAGAAUGCGAUUUCAAAGCGGCUCUUCGUUGGGUCGUAGUGGCCGGCCCGGACGACUGUAGCACGUCCGUUCCUCCCACAAACGACGCUUCACAGUAUUCUCGGCGUCACUUGUACUCUGAAGAAUUGAGAGAAGUGAUGAGCACUUCUCUCAUUGCAAAUCUGCCCUCGACUGUCACCGAAGCUCUUUGCAGGAUCGAGGACAUGACCAAAUCAGCGGAAAUCAACAAGGACAUGAUUCUCACUGUUGGGCCAUUCGGUGUCUUCAAUGGAGCGUAUGCAGCUGAAGACGGGAAGCCAAAGGUCGAGCAAGGUGCGAAGCCGAAUAUCGCAGUGGCCGAGAAAUGCACUACCGACGAUCCCCCCAUUAUCUCGUUUUCGGAAGGCACUGUCUCACCCUUCACCGAAUGCAAUCCUAUGCGAGGCAACAAUGACGCCGCUACCGAUAUCUCGGGCUAUUCCGGACCUAACGAGAACGACUUCACGAUGUCUAACGCCCUCGAUGAGCUGUUCUCGGACUCUCUAGAUUUCCUUCAAUGGGGGGACUUGUUCACCUGGGAUAUCGAAGUGAACAAUUCUCCCCAGCCAAGCUAUUCCAUGGACUGUGUUUCAAUGACCAAUCAACCAGUAUGCGAUAUGCUAGACGGCUGGACACUCUGUGAAACGACGAUCAAUUCGCAGACAAAGGACACCCGAGAGUCCGACAGCAUACAACCUGGCGCCAUAUUACAGCCACAAGAAGAUCUAGUCGUGGAUGCUCCGCUUCUACUCAGGCACUUCUAUGACGAAGUGAUCAAUCAGAUGGGCUCACUGCCGAUUAACGAGAAGUCCGCUUGGAGAAUCUUGAACUUUCCUUCUGCUAUCGUAACACUCAGUCAGCUUACUAUCCUUGGACUUUCCAUUAAUGAUAUACGACACGCCAACCUAUCAAACCUCUAUGCCAUCAUUGCGGUAUCCGCAUUUCAUUUAUCACUCAACUCAGAUAACUUUCCAGAGCUAGCUAAGCCGGAGCGGUACUGGAUGUCUCUUUCUAAGAGGACAUAUGAAUGUGCCAAGUCCCAAUUAAAGCUUAGCUUCGAGGAAGAAUCUGCUACUCCUACCAAAGCCAAAUACAAGGAACAACUAAUGGCCGCCGCAGCCAUUCUUGCAACCGCUCUAUUGUCUGGUAACGAACAAGACACAUGUCGCUAUCUCCUAGAAAUGGAGAGGUUGAUACGUGUUCGCGGAUUGCGAAAGUCAAAGUUAUCACGUCGAGCGCGACUGUUGCAUAAUAUUUACGCCUGGAUGAGGAUAGUCUCGGAAAGCACUAAGACAUUCCAUGACGAAGCACCAAUACUCGACUCAAAGAGCAUUAAUGAGGUCUGGGUUACUGCUCAUGACCAGGCUCAGCUCGGAACAGCAUCAUCUAGACCAGCCAUCCCCAGCUCAGAGUCGCUGAGAAAAGGCUACCCAGAAAUUACUCUUGAUAACUUUCUUCACUUGGAACCUUUCCAACUUCAUCCUGACCACACUUCCGGUAGGCCCAUCAACGUUGAUGUGCCCCUUACUAACAAAGACAUACAUCUGGCGAGUUCGAUACAGGACCAAGAAGACAUGUAUAUGCAGAUCUACGGCGUGCCUGAAACUUGGCUGAGGCUUGUAUCUCAGAUCACGCGACUCGCCAACGUCAUGGAUCAUCUUGCGCCAAAGGAAAGCCAGCCUGACGCCAUAAAAAUGGCAGCACUGCAGCCAAAGGCAUCUUAUCUCGAGGAAGCUGUCUGUGCUUUCAGAGCAAGAUACGACAGUCAGCAUGAACAGGAUCUGGCUGACGAGAAGCCCCAUGUGCACAUGGUGCGGGCAUUAAGCCCAGCCCUGAUGAUAUUUUUUUAUCGAAGGAUUCGAAAGAUUAAUCCCAUGCUGCUCCAGGAAAGCGUCGAUGAAGUGAUGGAAGCUUUGCAAGCGUUCGAUGAAGCGCUGAGCCGGAACAAGUUGCUAGGGCCAGGCACAGCUUGGCCAGCUUUCAUUGCAGGCGCAGAAGCGACGAAACCAGAGAAACGGGAGCAGUUUAGUUCUUGGCUAUUGAAAGCCCAUGCUAAGUCUGGAUGGAAAGGUUACUGCGUGUCGAGGGAAGUUUUGCGUGAGGUUUGGAGAAAUCAGGAUGCUGAUUAUAACACGUCAAGACGCUCAACGUGGGUAGAUGUUUGCAGGGCGAACCGUCGCUGGCCACUACUAUGUUGAGACACAUGCAAAGGAUGGCUGCGAUAGAAUGAUAAGCAGCAAGCUGGGUUCAUGUCCAUUUGUAUGUGGGGAUUAGUCAAGGCAAACGCGAGUCUCGAGGCAUGUGCAAGCCUUCGAAUGAUGUUACGUU